CUCAAAACUAUGGGUCUCUACGUUUUUCUAGGACUACUGGUGCUAGGUCUGGGUCUGGUGCUGGCCGUAGACGAUCCACGCUAUUGUCUGCAUGAGAUUGUCAAGUCGGAUGAGCGCAUACGCUCACAUGGUUACCCCGCAGAGACGCAUGAGCUGGUCACUGAGGAUGGCUAUGUGCUGACGCUCUUCCGCAUACCCUAUUCCCACAAGCUGCAGAAUCAGAAUAAGCCACGUCAACCGGUACUGCUGCAGCAUGGACUGUUUAGUAACUCGGACUGUUGGCUGUCUUCGGGGCCGGACAACUCGCUGGCCUAUUUGCUAGCCGAUGCUGGCUAUGACGUUUGGCUGGGCAAUGCGCGUGGCAACAUUUACUCCAGGGCUAACAAUUUCAUCUCCAUCAACAGUCCCAAGUUUUGGCAUUUCGACUGGCAUGAGAUUGGCACCAUCGACAUUGCUGCCAUGAUUGAUUAUAUUCUGCCAGAGACGGGCCACAAGCAGCUGCACUAUGCUGGUCACUCGCAGGGCACAACAGUUUACAUGACGCUGCUCAGCGUGCGUCCGGAGUAUAAUGAGAAAAUCAAGUCAGGACAUUUGCUGGCGCCUUGCGCUUUCUUUGAGCACGGCACAUCGCCAAUUUUCAAACUGCUAAGUCCUUUGGUGGGCACACCAGGUGGCAUGUGGAAUCAGCUGCUUGUGGACACGGAGCUUAUACCGCACAACAAUCUGAUCAAUCGCUUGGCGGACAACAGCUGCGGCACUGGCAGUGCCUAUGAUUCUGUUUGCAAAAAUGCUUUUCUAAUCUUUGCCAAUGGCGGCUAUGAGAACAUGAAUAUUAGUUCCAUGCAGGUGUUGAUUGAAACACAUCCCGCUGGCAGCUCAAGCAAUCAGGGCAUACAUUAUAUACAAUCCUAUGCCUCGCAUGAAUUCCGUCAAUACGAUUGGGGCAUCAAAAAGAAUCGCCAGCUCUAUGGCCAGGAUACGCCACCAGACUACGAUUUGAGUCUCAUUAGCGCACCCACAUACUCUUACUCCAGCAACAAUGAUGCGCUGUGUGGACCGCAGGAUGUGGAUACACUGGUAGCCAAAAUGCCGCAACUUAUCGAGGAUCAUCGUGUGCCGCUGCAGAGCUUCAAUCAUCUGGACUUUAUAGUGGCCAAGAAUAUGAAGGAGCUGAUCAACGAUUUGGUUGUGGAACGCAUGAAUAAAUAUGAAAACUAAAUAAUAUUUCAAAUAAAUGCAGCGAGAUAAGCAAA